AUGAACGUGGAUUCAGAAGGCAGUAUAAGUUUUGAUCCCGAGAAUUCAGAAGAAAAUGUAAAGAGACCAAGAAAAAAGUCUUGGUUAAAGUCAGGCAGCGGCUCUGACUUUAAACCCUCGAAGACUUGCAGCAGUGACAAGCGAUUGAGUAAAGCCAAGGAGCCAACCAAGGUUGUUCAAGGCGAGAAGGAGAAGCCACAGUUUACAUGUCCACUGUGCAAGAAGACCUUCAAACAAGCUGGCCAUUACAGAAGACACGAAGCCCUCCAUGCUGGAAAGAAACUCUACAAAUGUACCGAGUGCGAGAAAAGCUUCCGAGACAAGGUAGAACUGGACCGGCACAUGAGGACCCAUACAGGAGAACGGCCUUUUGAAUGUUCUGAGUGCAGAAAACAGUUUAUCAACAAGGCCCACCUUACUGUCCACGAGAGAUCCCACACAGGGGUGAAGCCCUUCACCUGUUCCGAGUGCGGGAAACAAUUUGUCAACAGGACCCAACUUACUGUCCAUGAGAGAUCCCACACAGGGCUGAAGCCGCACAAGUGCCCCGAGUGUUUGAAAAGUUUUGUUCGGAAAAAUCAUCUCAAUAGGCACAUAAGAAUCCACACUGGGGAGAAACCCUUCAAGUGUGAGAAGUGCAAGAAGAGGUUCACUAGGAAGUUUAGUCUGGUUUUGCACUGCAGAUCUCACAACCAAAAACAUUUUUCAAAUUUGGAAUCCGAUGUAUCUUCUGGUACAACUGAUGACUCGGAUGAUUGGUGA